UAUGUUUAAUGAGUUAAUAUAAUCAGUUGGUUUGGGUGUAAUAUCCAAUUUGUUUCAUUGGGGCAAUCAUCCGGUGGUAUUCAAUGGAAGACCAAAUAUUUCAAACUAUCGAUGAUUCAAUUAAGGGCGUGAGGAUUCGUGGUCGGAGGAUAUCGCUGAAAUUCAUUCACUGUUACAUGAGUUGAUUGAAAAUCUUAUAACGAGUAAGUCUACUCUGGUGGAAUUCCCACGAUUUAGUGGCGAGGAUCCAGAGUUAUGGAUUUCUCAGGCGAACACUACUUUGAAUUCUAUGGCACAUCGGAAAAUAACAAAUUAUUACGCGCAUCUAUUUACCUAGACGGUGAGGCAUUGGAGUGAUUCCGUUGGCUUCUCCAGAACAAGCAAUUGACGGAUUGGGAACACUUUGCUGCAAAUAUGCGAAUUCGUUUUCGUAAACAACAUCUCGCAUUACCAGAAGGUCGCAUGGCUACAAUCAAGGAAUAUUCUACAGAAAUUGAAGCACAGGUGUUCGACAAUAUGUCACAUGGUUGCUGUUGUUCCAAGGUGUUUGCUACAGAGAGAUCAGAUGUUAACGUCCUUACUCCUUACUGAUGCAAUGGAAUCUGAUUCAAAUAAUGGAAACUCAGAUAAUGUCCAGGUGUUUGAUGAAAGCUCUCACAAAGAUGAGGUAAGUGCUUCUCUUAUGCAAUCUACACAUGUUUCUGAAGAUCUAGUUUCGGCAAGUAUCGAUCCAAUUAAGGGAUCCUAAGCAACACGCGAAGGCGAGGUGUUUGAUGAUUUUUCUCAAGGAGCUGGGCAAACUUUUCAAGAGUUCUCACCUAUGGCAGAUGACUUUGAGAUUAUUUGUCCUGUUCUCAGCAAAGAGCGGGAGUCGGAGAGUGAAGAUUGUGGAAAUACCCAUCUCAUUAUCCCUGCCUAUAGACUUCGUUUUAUCAUUGGCAAUGGGGAAGGUAGCAUAGUUACAUAUGAAGAUGACAAGCACUCUAGAACUGAUGUGAGUCAGGCGUUUGAUAAUUUUUCGUACCAUGCCGGUCAAGCUUUGGUUGAUAAUGAAGUGGUCGAAUCACCCGAGGAUAGGAAUGGCCUCUUGAUUUUGGAGGAAAUCAGAUUGAUUCAUGAGCAUAUAUCUAUAUACCUUCCAUUUGAUCCCGGACAAGUGUUAUAUGCACCUUCUGAUGGUACUGUGUGAUGGAGGGAAGUUGUUUGAUGGAACCAUCACCCGAGGAUGUUCGUUAGAGAAAGAUCCUGCUGAUAGUUUUAGACAGCUUCCAAAUGUAGUCCACAAUGGCCAUUUCAUGGUUGUUAUGCAUAAGGAGCUUAAGCUAGAGAGUUCCCUGUUGGUUAGCAAGGAUGAAUAUGCAAUGCAAGAAACUAAUUUUGGAUUUCAUAUCUUCAUCGAUGGAGUAAAUGACUUUCUCCUUAGUCCAUGGCCAUCUAUAACAAAUAAUGCAACGGCCCUAGUUCCAACAAUGCUUCCAGAGGAUACGAAACAGAGAAGUAUUUCAGAAAAAGUUAUUGAACAACCAUGGCUUCAAUGGGAGGAAGCAUCAGACAAGCCAAUAGACCAUGUAGUGUUGUCCAAACUGAAGCAGUUCAGGGUAAUAGGCAAUCUCAUAAAACCAGCAAUAAAGGUCAUUGCAGCAGAUUUUUCAGAAGAAGAAAUCAAGUAUCUAAAAUAUGUGUUCGUGAGCAUGGAUACAAACAAUAGUGGAACAAUCACUUAUGAAAGAAUAAAAUCUAGAUUGGCUCGGCUUGCUUCAAAACUUUCAGAAGCUAAAGUCCAGCAACUCAUGCAGGCUAGUGUUUUGAAGUUUGAGGACUCCUUUGAUUGGAUAACAUUGUUUUUACUCCAAGACCAAAUACGUGGUGCAACUUCACACUUAGCUAGAUUGAUCUCAUUGCGGCCAGAUGGUGAUGCUAAUUGUUGUACUGUUAUGCUUCUACUACCUAGAUGUCAGGCGGAACUAUGGGAAGAGAAAACCAACUAUCCUACUUUUGCUUUGCAUUUACUGUUUGCUGUUGACAAGGUCAAGCAGAUAUUGCUGCAUUUUCUGUUUUACUCGAACCUUGAGGACAAGAUUCUUUUUGAGGUUUGAGGUAUUGUUGUGAACCCGUGUGGCUCAGUAUGGGAUUAUGGGCCAGAAGUGUGCAACAAGAGACAUAAUAUCAGUAAUUAUUUGUUCAUAAAAAGAAAAAAGCAGCUGAAAGAUUGUUUUCCGAAAAUUACUAUCUAAACACAUAAAACAGAUUAUUUCUGUUGAAGAUUGAGACAGUUCGCUACUAUUAACAGAGAAUAGAUGAUUAC